UUUGGUUCAUCGGAUGAUCUAGAAGAGGUAAUGGAAGGCCAGGAUGCUUUCGUUAAGAGUACUCUGACACACGAUGAUACUCCAAAGCGGCUGAUUGAUGCCGCAGCCGCCUCAGGAGUGUAUUCAAAUUCAGUUUGGACGCCAACAACUGUAAUGUCCAUGGGCUGUCUUUCUUCGUCAAGAAAGAUCUAACUGGCAAAACCCUCCUCCUAAAGUGUGAGGAAACUGGCAAGAGCUGGAGUGUUAUUUACAACGGUUC